GAUGUUUUGCAACAGUUUGAACGAAUCAAAUUUCAAGUGAUCUAAAAUUUCUAGGAUUUAUAUAUAGAAACAGAAAGAAAGAUAUUUAUUUCAAUAAGGUGCUUUCUGUCACCAAAAUACCUCGAAACAAACAUAAUCAAAUAGAUUACAAUCAUAACGGGGUACCUAUCCAACAAUUAUUUCAACAUUGUACUAUACAUCAAUAAUGUGGUUAAAAUUCUCUUGAAGUUUGUAAGAUAGUUGUUGUAAUCAUUUAUUCGAUCUAUAUGAAUUCUGUAAUUGGCAUACAGUACAUUCAAAAUAUUGUUACACUAAUGAAAUCUAUCAAAAUAUGACAGAUUCAAUUUAUAAAAUUACACAAAUUACACAGGAUAAAAAAUUUAUGGAAGAAGAAUCAAACAAGAACAAUAUGACCGCUCAUUUAAAUAAAAUAAACACUUACAAGAAUAAUCUCAUAAUUAGUAAUAGCAGUAUUAAUAAUAAUAAUGAUAUCAUAGACAAUGAUCAUAUUACUAAUGAUAAAAUAAGUAAUCAUAAUUCUUUGAAUGAAGACCAAUUGCUUCAGCAAACAUUAUCACUUACCAAAAAGACAAAUAAACUGAAAUUAACAAAUUCAAAACAAUUUAAACAAAAUGAUCAAUACAAUAAUAAACAUAAUUAUCAUAUUUAUCAAUUUGAUAAAGAGAAUAUGAGUAAUGAUAAUAUUGAGAUAAGUACAGAAAGAAUACGGGAUAAAUGGAAUAAGAAGAUGGAUUUCUUAUUAUCUAUUAUUGGGUUUGCUGUUGAUUUGGCAAAUGUUUGGAGAUUUCCAUAUUUAUGCUAUAAAAAUGGUGGUGGUGCUUUUCUGAUUCCAUAUGGUCUGAUGCUAAUAUUUGGUGGAAUUCCUUUAUUUUAUAUGGAAUUGGCUUUAGGACAAUUUAUUCGUAAAGGUGCUAUUACGUCAUGGGGAAGAGUAUGUCCACUUUUGAAAGGUGUUGGUUACAGUGUUGUUCUUGUGGCUUUCUACACUGAUUGGUUUUAUAAUAUGAUUAUAGCUUGGUCAUUAUAUUAUUUUGGGGUAUCAUUUACAUUCAAUCUACCAUGGAUGUCGUGUAAUAAUGCAUGGAAUACAGAGAAUUGCAUAGAUUUUCAUUUGACAAAAAAUGAUUCAGUUUUUCAGUGGAAAAAUUUUUCACUACGAAAUAAUUCUUCGAUUAUGGGGAAUAUAACAUUUCCUGUUGAGGAAUUUUUCAGUAAUCAAGUUCUAGGUCGUACUAAAGAUACAAAUGUAGAAAAUCCUGGUAAAAUUCAAUGGCAAAUACUAUUGUGCUUUAUAGCUGUUAUGGUUAUUUGUUAUUUCAGUCUAUGGAAAGGAAUACAUACAUCAGGCAAAGUUGUUUGGUUUACUGCAUUAUUUCCCUAUGUUGUAUUGAUAAUAUUCCUAUUUCGUGGAAUCACUUUACCUGGAUCUACAAAUGGUAUAUAUCAUUAUAUAUGGCCAAAUAUUACGAAGCUUAAAUCUGCUGAACCAUGGGUAGAUGCUGCAACACAAGUAUUUUUUUCACUUGGACCUGGAUUCGGUGUACUUAUGGCUUAUGCAUCUUAUAAUGAAUUUCAUAAUAAUGUAUACAGGGAUGCAUUAGUUGUGGCAUCAAUUAAUUCAUUAACAAGCUUAUUAUCUGGAUUUGUGGUAUUCACAUUACUGGGUUAUAUGGCAUAUAAACGUAAUGUACUUGUAUUAGAUGUAAUCAAAGAUGAUCCAGUAUUAGUCUUCAGUGUUUAUCCAGAAGCAUUGUCGACUCUACCUGGUUCAACAUUUCUAUCAAUCUGUUUCUUUCUCAUGUUGCUCACUUUGGGUUUGGACAGCUCAUUUGGAGGUUCUGAAGCUGUCAUCACAGCAUUAAGCGAUGAAUAUCCUUUACUUGCGAACCAUCGGGAAUUAUUUGUACUUGGUUUAUUCACAUUCUACAUUGGUAUUGGAGCUUUGGAAUCAACUCAAGGUGGUAUCUAUUGGUUUCAUUUAUUUGAAAGAACUUGCGUUGAAUAUCCAAUUUUGUUAGCUGUAUUAUGUGAAACAGUUUGUAUCGCUUGGAUAUAUGGUGUUGAUCGUUUUCGACAAAAUAUUAAACAAAUGUUAGGCUUUCAACCAGGAAUAUUUUGGAAAAUUUGCUGGAAAUUUAUUGCUCCACUAUUUAUUUUGUUCAAUAUUACUUAUGGAUUAUCGAAUUAUCAACCUCUACAAUUAGGUGAUUAUACCUAUCCAUUAUGGGCAAAUAUAUUGGGUGGUAUUUUUAGUGGUUCAGCUAUUUUAACAAUACCAAUUGUGGCUAUUAUUCAAAUAUUACGUACUGAAGGAACUUUCAGUGAAAGAAUUAAAAAGCUUAUUAAACCUGAUGAAUGUAUGGAACCUAAUGAAUAUUUGAUGGAAGAUAAACCUAUAAUAAACCGGAAAAUGCCUGUCAGUUUAUCAGAUACAUUCAAUUCUACCAAAUCAUCAUCUUAUUUAAAAAAAGUACAAUCAACUAAUUCAAUUCCAAAUUGUUAUAAAGUCGUAAGAAAUGUAUAACUCUCAUUUAAAUCCAUAAAACUCAUUCAUUCAAUUGGCAAAUGAUCAACAGUAUUUAUAUAUUUCCAUUUAUCAUUUCAAUUAAUUCGUCAUAUUUAAAAAAAUUUGUAUACGACUUAUGAAAACAAAUUUGAUUUGACUUACGAUUUCGUUCAAACAUUGAAUAACAUAAACUUACUCUAAUUACUUAUUUAUUAAAAAUUAAUUAUUAUAUCGUG